ACGUUUCGAAAACUUUGCAGCCGUCAUGGUCACGGGUUAAUUUAAUUAUUUCUACAAAUCUAUCUGCACAUAUAGGUUAUAAUUUUACUGCGAUACGGCCCUGGAGCCUAGUGCAGUGGUCGGCGUGAACUGAUGUUAUAUGUUCUUGUUAUAAGUAAAUUAAUAAAUAAUCGUAGGUUUUCCAUUUCGAUAAAUAUUUUUCAAAUAGUGUAAACGCUGAUCUAAACUUCAUAAUAUUAUGAUUUUAACGCGCGUCUAACGCGUCAACUGAACAGGGUCCAAUGGCGUUAUAUACGCUUUUCCGUAGUAUAAUAAAACCUUUUUGGAUACCUCCAUGCGUAUAUCAUACUGCUUUGUUUCAUUUUUUUUUUUUCAAUAAAAUAAUAAACAAUGUCAAACUUCAUGUCAAAAUCAUGAUAACGUUUUAUAUAAAAGACAUAAAAAUCAAUAAAAAUAUUGUAAAAUGAAUAAAAAAAGGGACUUGAAGAAUUAUAGAUUAAUGCCAAUACAAUAUGGUUAUUGGGACGAUUUUGGUGACAGGCGCUUCGCUGACCGCCAGCCUUCUGGUGGUGCAGGUGGCUGUACUGCCCCUACUCUUCAAGUACAGCAAGUCGGUGCAGAGGAAAAUGGUCUUUUCUAAUUGCAUAAAUUACCCAAGAAAUUUAGACUAUGAAAAUCCAUCAAGCUGCAACGUUGUGGGUGGCAGAAACUUCAAUAUAGAAUUCCAGUCAAAGAUCGACAAUUGCCCCAUAAAACUUGGUGCAUGGCACAUUGUCCCACGCUCGAUGUUCCGAGAGAUGUUUGUGCUCAAGGACUGCGCUAGGCUGGACGAGAAAUUGUUUAAAGAACUGAAGGUGACAAAGAAUACCGUGGUUCUGUACUGUCAUGGCAAUUCCAACCAUCGAGCGUCCCCCCACAGGCUGCAGAUGUAUAAAGUAUUCCAGGAUCUCAAUUUCCACAUAAUCACGUUUGAUUAUCGAGGUUAUGGUGACUCUACACAUGUGCGGCCCACGGAGCAGGGCGUGGUUGAAGACCUUCUGUGCAUGUACUCCUGGCUCAUGGAAUCGCUGAGCAGCAUCAGCAGGCCCACUGUUGUUGUCUGGGGACAUUCGCUUGGUACAGCAGUGGCCGCAAACAUGGUGUCCCAUCUGUCGGACCUCUGCAAAGAGUUCAAUUUACAGUCCCUGCCGGAGCCAGACGCGUUGGUUCUUGAGGCUCCAUUCAAUAACUUGAUGGACGAGAUCGCUUGCCACCCAUUUUCUAAGCUAGUAUCAUGGCUGCCAUACUUCCAAGAUAUGUUUGUGAAGCCAUUCACAUUAUCAACAGAAUACGCAUUUACCACAGACCAAUAUUUAACUGCGACUCCUCACUUACCAAUACUAAUGCUGCAUUCCAGAGGCGAUAAGAUUGUACCAUACGAGCUGGCUGUAAAGCUGCAUGACACCUUGGCACAAUCACGAGAGAAGUCAGGAGCGCCGCUAGUGUUCCACAGUUUCGACAGAGGCCUCGGACUGGGCCAUAACAAUCUGUGUGAAGCGCAUGACUUGAAAGAUAUCGUGACAAACUUCUUGAAGUUAGCAACGAAUAAUUAGAAGACGCGCCUGCGCAACAAACGGAUUACCAAAAAAAAAGUAAACAAAUAAAAUUACGU